UCCCGACUCGGAUUUGUAACGCGCUGUUCGCCGCGAUUGCAGAAUUUCUCCUUUCGCCAUCCGAUCUUCGCUCCUUCCGCCGAUCAUUCGAUCCCCCCGCGGAUCCAAACCGUAAUUACCACCCCGUGUUGUUGACGGACGCUGUGCUCUACAGAAACCGUCGUGUCGUCGUCUUGUGUGUGGGUGUUUCUUUUUUAGCGCACCAUACUUUUCGCGUUUUAUUUUGCGCCAGAGUGUUGUGCGUCGUUGUCAAGAAUAUUAUUCGGCUCAGGUUCAAGCUGCCGAGGCGUGGACACAAGAAGGAUUCUCUCUUCUUGCCAGUUUUAGUCCGCAGCUGUAAGUGAGAAGGAAGCCAACUCGCGAAUCGUUCGUUCGGUCGAUCGCCGUCGGAAAGAAGGAAAAUCAUUUUCGCACUUUUCACAGCAGUUUGAGCGCGUGCAAGCAAGCAAAAGUCAAGUCGCAAAAUCCGCAGUUCGAAGUGAAUUUCGUAACAUUGGGAAGAUAUUGGCCAACGACUUCCGGAAUCGCGAAACGCGCAGUUCGGUGGACACGGAUUCGAAACUGACUCGAAUCUUUUCAAACGACGAUAAGGUGUACCCUGUACGGAAGCGGACAUGACCAAGGAAGAUCCGGUUCCAACUCCGGCACGGAUGCGGGAGUUCAACAAACUGUCGCUGGUGCACCGGGUUUAUUACGCCUGCAAGGAUGGAUUUGCCCGACUGCUGUUGGCCACGCUCAAGGACAUCAGCUGCGAACACGACAGAAAGGCGAUCGUUGAUCAGGAAAUAUCCGAGGAAGAACGUCAGCUCUUCACUCCGUUGAUCGUGGCAGCUUUGAAUGGCCACUACGAUGUAGUGCGAAUCCUGCUAAUCCAAGUAAAACCAAAUCUGGAAAAGGAAGGCCGUGUGAAGUUCGAUGGGCACCUGAUCGAGGGGGCCUCCGCUUUGUGGGUGGCCGCCGGAGCGGGACAUCUGAACAUCGUUAAACUGCUGAUCGAACAUGGUGCCGAUGUGAACCACCAUACGAAGAAUCUGUCCACCCCGGUCAGGGCGGCGUGCUUCGAUGGACGGUUGGACGUUAUCCGGUACCUGGUCAAUCACAAAGCCGACAUAAACUUGCCCAACAUUUACAACAAUACUUGCUUGAUGAUAACGGCUUAUAAGGGACAUGUAGCAGUUGUGGAAUUCUUGCUGGAGAACGAUGCGUUGCUGAACGAGCAGGCCAACUGUGGGGCAACGGCGCUGCACUAUGCGGCGGAAUGUGGCCAUCUGGACGUCUGUACGGUGCUCUUGGAUUACGGUGCAGUACUCAAACGAAAUGAGUACGGAAUGACGGCGGUUAUAUGCGCUGCGGAAAGGACACGUGAGUCUGUAGUGCAGUUGUUUGUGAACAGACAAGGAUUGCUGACUCGAGAGGAACAGAUCGAUGCCUUGGAGCUGAUGGGGGCUUCGUUUGCAAACGAUAAGGAUAACUACAGCUUGGUGAAGGCGUUCCAUUACUUGAUAUCGGCAAUGGAGCUGAGACAUGAAGAUCCGGACAACAUCAUUCGCAAGCCACUUCUGCCUUCGAUCCCUGCCUACGAACACUGGGUGGAAUGUCAAACCAUGCAGGAUCUCCAGGCAAUACGAUACAACCACAACUCGCUCCACAUGGAAUCGUUGACCAUCAGGGAGCGCAUCCUGGGCCGGCAUUGUCCCGAUGUGGCCCACUCGAUCGUGUUCCGUGGAGCGGUUUGUGCCGAUAACGGUCGGUUCGAUCGCUGCGAAAGUCUUUGGCUACACGCGAUGCAUUUGAAGCAGCAGAACUCGCUCUCGGUUCAACGGGAUUUGCUUCGUUUCGCACAACUCUUUUCGCAGAUGCUUUCGAUAAAUGUUACGCUGAGAUUUGCCAACGUGGUCGACGUGUUGACGGCUUGUGUCGAUGAGCUGGCUCUCAAUCAGUCAAAAAUGAUCAACCCGGGCGAGAAAGAUCUGCUGGAGGUUGUAGCCGAGGAGUACGAACUGAAUAUAGUGACGGUGCUGUAUCUAAUUACUAUAAUAACGAAGUUGAUAAAAAUGAAAAAUGUAGAUAUUACGGAGGACAACCUCAGGGACGUGUAUAGGUUAGUUUAUAAGCUGAACAAUUUAUCUGUAAGGCUCAGAGAUGAUCAGACAUUGCUGCAUCUUUCGGUGAACGGAGUGACACCGGUUGACGACUUUCAUACGGAUGAUAUUUGCAGGUUUCCGUGUGUUGACACUGUGAAACUGUUACUGAAGUGUGGUGCAUCAUUGUCCGUGAUGGAUGCUGAUAGGAAUACACCUUUACACACGCUUUGCUCUACGUUACAGACUGCCGUCAUUCUUAUGUCGGAAAACGACGUUAGAUCCAUAGUGCAAGAUUUGGUCGAAAUCUUUGUCGAGGCGGGCAUCCACCUGGAUGCAGUCAACUGCGACGGCCUCAAAGCAUCGCAAGUUUGCCAGCAAAACUCUGUGAGCGCAUUCAUCAAGAGCUACGAAGCACGUGCAAUCAAUUUGAAAUGUUUGGCCGCCCGUUGCAUUGCGCAGCACCGCGUACCGUUCAAAGAGGUGAUUCCUCGACAGUUGGAAACGUUCGUGCAGCUGCAUUGUUCGGAGAAGUUUUGAUGCCGCCACGGCUGGCUCUUGGCGUGCCAUCGAGAACGCGAAAACGCGACGUUCAAACCUAUUGGUUCUCGAAAAUCAAUAUGAUUGCAAUAGCCGGAUUGAACGGUUUCAUUUUACCAACGAACAAUGAAAAUGGGAAAAGCUAAUAUUUUUUACGAUUAUUUCCUAUACUUAAUAAUAAAAUAACCACCACCGAUUGUGAUUGAAUGCGGAAGUGCACCAGGACCCUGUGCCCCUCAGGGAAUUGGUUUUCGAGUGAUACUGAUGAAUCAACCAAGAUAAUUGGCUGUUAGAAGAGAACAAAAGUCGAACAACUAGUUUUAUUUCAAGGGACGCUGAAAUUAUUUUUUAAACUUUUAAUUUUUCGUUCAGGAUUUUGCUGUGGUAAAAAGCAAUAUUUUUACAAGAAAGCAAGUAAAAUUUAAAUAUUCAAAUUCA